AAGCCGUAAUUAUAUUAUUAUAGUCAUUUAUAUUGUAAGUAUAUUAUUGUGUAUGUGUAUAAAUCUGUGUAUUAUGAAAGCAUAUAUUAAAAACAACAUGAAAAUAUAAAUCUGUAUGCUAGGGGUACGCAGACAGUUGAUAGGUCUGGAAGGGGGUACGCGGCAAUCAAAAGUUUGGGAACCUCUAUUCUAGUGGCUAUUCCUGUGUCCUGCUGAUGGGGUUCCAAUGGCGCCUGUGAUUUUAAACGCACAGUAUUAUGGGUAAACUCGGUCGGAAUUAUGGGAGUGACCGAUCCUUCUUUUCAUUAUCCUAGGAUUCAACCAGGAAAUCGUAGAUAGAAAAACGAAACAAAACAACAAUUUAGGCUAUUAAUAAUUCCGACUGGGUAUAUGUUUUUGGUUUUUUUUUGGAUUUGUAUUAUUGAGACAAAGUUAACAUGAAUCAAUGUGAUUGCUUUUAAAAUAAAUACAAAAUGGAGUUCCUACAGUUAAAACUUUCAAGUUCGGUUGUCUUACUCGCCGCCAGCAUCUGCUGCAUUCUUGUCUCAUUCGGAGAUAGUUCGACUACACCUGUACCACAUCAGACGUGCUCUUCCAUCACAGGGUCUUGUGAAGAGUGCCUGAAGAAUGUAUCGUGUCUGUGGUGUUACACCACCAAUGUUUGUCUGGAUUAUCCUGUCAGAAAUGUACUUCCACCAUCCAUAGUCUGCCGUCUGUCUGAUGCACGAUGGGGAGUGUGUUGGGUAAACUUUGAGGCCAUGAUCAUCGCCAUGGCCGUGGUGGGUGGUAUCAUCUCGACAGCCAUCACCAUCUGCUGCUGCUGCUGCUGCUGCGGCUGCUGUUGCAGGAAGCGCUCUUCAGGAUCUGAUAGAGAUGAAGAAAGAAUGGCCAGGAAACGUGAGGAAAGAAUGCAACGCUUGAAUGAAAGGAAGGCAGAAAAAAAGACUAAACAUGAUGAAAUCCGUAAGAAGUAUGGUCUUUUAUCAAAUUCAGACCAUCCCUACAGCAGAUUUGAGAAUGAUUAAAAGUGCAAUCAAGAUGUGCUGGUUUUAAGGGUGGAAGGGGCAGACGGUUCUACAAGUUGUACACAGUUUAUUUUUUCUAAUUUAACUCCUAUUUUCAUGUACACAGUCAUUGAUUUUGGUUGCUAUAAUUCACUCUCCGAGCUGUAAAUUUAAUAAGGACGAAAGUCUUUGUUGCAUUAAAGGGUUUGCUGAUUUUGUUAAUAUGUUCCUACUUCCAAGUAAAAUAUUUUCAAACUGUAACAUUGGUCACAUUUAUACUUUUCACACUAAGUAUAUAAAUAUUGUUUAGAAUUUUUCCGCUUUGUGCUCACUAGCAUUCUGAAUGACCCCUCCCUUCAUUUAAAGAAGUAAUCUUUAAACGGUUGUGCAUUGAUGAUUGUUACUGACUUCAUUGCUGUGCUUAUUAAAACAAGAUGCCUGUAAGCUGUUAAGAACAUUUAAAUUAUUUUAAUCUUUCUUCAUAAUCAAUUAUGAUUUUUCAUAUUGUCGUAUGUACUAUUUCAAGGCACCAAAAGAGACUAUAUAUUUUAGAACGUUUCUAAAUAAAAUGCAAUAGAAAUAUUCAUGUUUAACUGUAUGCAACAGCUUUUUCUCAGACCUGGAUUAGCAGUAAUCUUGCCCUGUUGAGAUCUAUACAUGGUUCCUUUUUGUUAGUGUAUGUUUCAUUUAAGUACCCAUCAGUGGAAGCACAUAUUGAGUUUUCAUAGUGGCAUACAAUUGAAGUGUGAUUUAGUUUUGAUUAAGAAUCUGUGAACUUCAGUUGACACAAUUAUAGCCCUUAUGUCAUUAUCAUAUCAUGAACGUUAAAAAAAAAAAAAAAAAAAAAAAUACUACCACCAAUCAGUGUUGCCCUACAAACAAAGCUUCUCAAAAGUAUUGUAUAAUGAUUGCCUAAUCUUUGGUUAAGGGUACUGAAAUACUAUACUGUAGUUUAUUCAUCACCACUCGGCACCUUUUAUAAUGCUCAUUUUAGUUAAACAGGAUUUAUUAAUGAAAUGUAUACUUUUGAACCAGAAUAUCUGGAGAGGAUAGUCCCACAUUACUGCUAAUUGUAAGGCUGAGACAACUGCUUCAAAAUUGUCUGUACGUUACUAUAUUGCAACUAGUGGCAAAGGAAGUAUAGAAUAUAUACUGUACAUACUUAACCAGAAAUUAUAUCUGACAGCUAAAAUAUACAAAAUACUGUCAUUUAGUUUAGUGUUGUUAACAUAGUGGAGGACAUUUUGCAUAACGUUUAUAUAUAUAUAUAUAUAUAUAUAUAUAUAUAUAUAUAUAUAUAUAUAUAUAUAUAUAUAUAUAUAUAUAUAUAUAAAAAUUUGUGGCAGACUAGGGGGAGGAGAAGAAACAAACGUAGUCCAAGAGGGGCUUAAAGACUACAUUCCCCAAAAUGCCACGGGAAGGAGCCAGGAUGAGGUACACUUGGCUCUAAAAAUUGAUGAAUGUUACCUGCCUGUGAUUAGCAGCCAGGUAUUUAACAGGCCAGCAUUGUUUGUUCUGGGCAGUCUCCGGUCUGUGGGAAGAGAGAAGCUGUCACAUUGAAUAGACCUGUGUGGUUUUAAAAAAAAAAAAAGGUAGUGUGUGAACCUUUUUGUUUGUGUGGUGUAUUGUUUAUUUUUGUUCUGUGUAAAAAAUAAAAGUGCAAUUCUGG